CGAAGAGCGAGGGCAUAUAAGGUGGGAUGCUGUAGUGGCAACUUUCUCAGUACCAAACGCACACGACCUGUCUACCGUGUCAUUAGUUUUCGUGGAUCACAACGAUAUGAAGAUAUUAAGGCACUGCGUUGCGCUGACCCUGCUGGUGAUCGUAGCCUCCGCCGAUCAAUCGGUAGCAACCAAAGCAACACCAAGUGACCGGGUGAAAGGAGCCCAGAGUGUCAAGACUCCGGCAGGUGUCGGUGACACCGAAACCACCGUGGAAUCGGGUCGAGGGUCGAAAGACAACGAUCUUCCGAUAUUGCCGCCAAUAAUUCUCCUCGACUUCGCGGAUGACAAUUCCACCACCUCCGAUGAGAAAUCCAAGCGCACCGUGGAUAACGGCCUGGGCUACGGUUACCUCCGCAACAACUUGUUGAAUGGAAAAUACAACUACUACUUUCCGGGCGGUAAAACCGGGACAACGGUGAGUAUCGAGGAGUCGAUAAGCCCAUUCGAGCCGAAAACGAUAAUCGAGCCGUUCAAACCGAUCACGGAGGAGCCGAGUGUCAAGCAAGUCCGUCCGCACCAGCAGAACACGAAUUAUAUGUCGAAUCGCCAGUCGAUCUACGGCCAGCGAACGAGACUGCAAAAGUACUCACCCCCCGACAAUUAUAAUCCACAGGGGUUCACCCCAUCGACGAAGAACAGCUACCCUUACACAACCAUUCGUCCCGAGUACAAAAGCCUGCAGAAUCCUCACACAACGCCGAAGCCUCAGGAGACGUACCCGUCGGGGCUGAGUGACUACACCUCAUCAAGAUCAGUUUACGAUAACUACCAGUCGACCCCGUUACCGUCGCCAUCCUACGACCAUCAGAAUGCUUACAAUGAGAGACCCUAUGAGACGACAACAGCUAGACCACUUCCUGUGGAUCCGGCGGCGUUCAACCUCCCGCGGUACACGAUAGAGAACGGAGUCAAGUACGAGAACAAGAUCGUCUGGAGGUAUCAGGACGGAAGGAUAGCCGACGGACCGCCGUCGUCCUUCGUCAACUCUUACUCGGAGUACUCAUCCCCUCAGGCGAACGCGAAUUACCAGAAUCAGCAGCGGAAUCCCGUGAGCCAUCAGCCUCAGGACGGCAGACAGGAGGCGGCUUUCUUCGAGAAUCAGCGAGGGCAAGAGGGUCGAUACCAGGAAGCUCAGAGUCUCCCGUACCAGCACCUCAAUCCCUACCAGAAUAGUCAGGAGACCAUCAGCAAUAUUCACAAUCAGAGACCCGCGCAGUUUCCCGUUGACCAAGAUUCCAGGUAUCAACAGCAUCCGGGCUCGAGUUACAACCCUGGGGGAUCUCAGCCACAGCCGUAUGACCUUUCCUAUCAGCAGAAGUACGGCUUCAGACCCCGGGAGAAUCACCAGGCCUCCAGGUACGAGAUGAGGCCGAUCCCCAAGUACGCGGUUGACAGCUCAAACGCCGAAACGACGCCGACUCCAACAGAUCUGCUGACCCCCAGCGGACAACUGACGCCGAAUUUACUGUCCAAGUACACUCCGCAGGCCCAGAAGUACCUGACCAAGGUUUUCGGGCGGAAUCAGGAGGGGAAGGUCAGGGAGGAACGUCCGCAGGCGGCGCAGUAUGCCAGCAACAAUUAUGAGAACCUCCUGAACUACAAUCCAUCGAUCUCGCAGUACAUCAGAGAUCCGUCGUCGAUUCUGAAUGCUCAGCCGACGUUUAUUCAGGCGGGAAACUCCCUGAUCCCCGUCAUUAUUCUGAGGGUGGAUGGAGCGCCUCCCGUGCAGCCACAGGCCGCGCCGAGCAUCAACCUGAAGGCCCUUCUCCAGCAGUACCUGAGCCAGUAUGCGGCCAGCAAAGCUGCUCUGAGCCAAACUUCUCAGUACGAGUACGCGGGAGAUCGAAAAUCGGUUGACUACAACAACCCCGUCAAUGACCUGACUCGGCUUGCUCAUGUGCUCAGUCGGUACUCGCAGAAGCCGGAAGUCGACUCCUCGAGUUUUCCGUCUCAGAAACUCGCCAAUCAUCCGCUCGAUUAUGAGUCAACGCGCUAUCAUGAUAAGAGCAGUUAUGAUACCAUUAAUCAGGAGAGGCCUCAGCUUUCGAAGCCCAAGUAUGGGGUCAGAAUCGGGGGGAAGCAGAAGGUGAAGAGUGUUCAGAUCAUCGAGAACUCAUGAUUCUUGGAGCUGAGAACUAUUUUUUUUCGAAGAAGUUAUUUAUGAAACUCUUGUGUACCUGAUGGAAAGUAAUUUUUACCUGUUUUUUGGGGGUGGAAUUCUGGGCGGUUAUUUGCUGCCUCGAUCCACCCUUUAUUUUUAUAAAAUGAAAAUAUUAUCAAAAUCAUAUGUGAAUGCAAUUAUUGUAUAUAAAUGUAACAGGGGAACGUGCAAUAUAAACCGAACGGUUUUCUUCCUUUUAAUAAAUUCCAUUGGUAAUGGUGUAUUCGUUAAA